GAUCAUCCUAUGUGAGCGGUGGGUACGGCCAGGGUACGGGUGCCGGUUUCAACUCCCUGCAGCCUGCGGGGUCCCCAGCGCCACCGCCGCCACCACCCCCUUCUCUCGGCCGAAAUGAACCUUACUUCGACACCUUGACCCCACGAAAUGUCACCGCACUGGUUGGCAAGUCUGCCUACCUCAGCUGUCGAGUCCGAAAUCUUGGAAACAAAACGGUCUCAUGGAUCCGACACCGUGACAUCCACAUCCUUACAGUAGGGGGCUACACGUACACGAGCGAUCAGCGCUUUCAGGCGAACCACCACAGAGACAACGAAGACUGGACGUUGCAAAUCAAGUGGGCCCAGAAAAGGGACGCGGGCAUCUAUGAAUGCCAGAUCAGCACGCAACCAGUACGCAGCUAUUUCGUUAACCUCAAUAUUGUCGAGCCACCUACAACAAAGCCACAGUGGAGAUUAAAUGAGGACUUCUACCAAUCUCAACAAUCACAUGAUGAUCUCGUCCACCAAAUAAGAGGAGAGAUCCCUACGACAAAGCCGCGAUGGAGGUUGAGUGAUGACUUGUACCAGUCUCAUCAGUUCCAUGAUGGCCCCAUUCACCAAAUUGAAGGAAAAGUACCGACUGCAACGAUCUUGGGAGGCCCAGACUUGCACGUGGACAAAGGCAGCACCAUAAACCUUACAUGCACCAUCAAGUACAGCCCAGAGCCGCCUGCUUAUAUCUUCUGGUACCACCACGACGAGGUGAUCAGUUAUGAUUCGAGUCGAGGAGGCGUGAGCGUCAUCACGGAGAAGGGAGAUGUCACCACGAGCUACCUGCUCAUACAGCACGCUGAGGUAACCGACUCCGGCAAGUACUCCUGCAGCCCAUCCAACGCAGACGUCGCUAGCGUCAAGGUCCAUGUUCUCAACGGUGAGCGUCGUGCGGCAAUGCAGACUGGAUCAGCGGCCCUUUCGAAAAGCUCACUGGGCGUCGUGGCGCAUAUCGUCCUCUGUCUCCUCUACUGCGUCGUCCUGGGACAAAUUCAACUCAACGACGGCCGUCUUCGAGAGAGAUAAAGCCUGCACAGUGCAAGGAAACAGCCUGAGUUAUGCAUAAGCAAAUAAGGGAUGGACCCCGUGACAGAGGGAAAGACAGUCCACGAGUGUGAUUCACUUUUAACUUUGUGAAAUCCAGCGCAUAUUAAGACGAUGUCCUGUCGACUUGCUCAUGUUUCUAAAGCUUGAAAACAAACACACACUUAGAAAUCGUAUACUUUGAAUCCUUGGGUAAAUACACCACCCCAGUUACUUGAGAAGGUGGCGGAAGAAACUAAAAUUGCGGAUUUUGUCCGUCCGUGAGUGUGCUGUAACGGUGUGCUAAAAGAAUCGUGUACGUUGUUAUGAACUGUGAAUAAUAGGGCCAUAAUUUUUCAGAUCGAAUGAAGAAGCAUAUGGAAUAUGGCGACGUUGCAAAUAAAGUUUAAAAAUUUAGAAACUGAAUUGCAAAGGAAAAUCGGUAAAUAGAAUAAAGUUGUGUGUAUACACAUUUAUCAAUGUCAUAUUUAAAUAUGCAUUGCUUACAAAUUAAGGUCACCAGGGUGCAUAUACGUUGCAUUAAUAUAUUUUUAUAAAUAUGCCAUUGUUUUGUUUACUUUAUCUGGGUUUCACUGUAGUUUAAUCUCAAUUGAAUGAGUAGUCAAACAAUGCGUAGUGUAUUCCCAGUUUCGUGCCUCAGUCGACACGUGACCAUUUAGUCUUUUCUCCCAGAGUUCUGUUUCUUUUUAACAAAACUUAACGAAAUACGUUGGUAAAGAAGAAAAUGAAAAUCUCAUCCUUUUUUAAAUGAAAACCUUUUAGAAAGCUCUUAAUAUAUCAUAAAAGUACCAAAUUUAUAAAAAAAAUCUGCCUGUUAAAUGAUACAUUUAGCAGUGGGCUGUAUUUCUUUCAGUGAAACAUCCAUUACACAUUACAAUAUAAAAUUUGGAUAAACGAAUAUAAAAUGAAAAAAUAACAGCUUGUUUGUUUGGUUAUUCCGAUAUUCCCCUUACGAACAGCAUGAAAAACGUAACUAUGUUUAUAAGAGGUAAAUGAACUGAAUUAUGAACUGAGAAAUGCGAAUGUAUGUAAUUGGGCAACGAGACGGUGUAUAAGUCUAAGGCACGUUUCUGUAAAUAUUCAGACACCUUUGUCAGAGAGAAUCCUUCAUUUUGAGAUGUUUUGCGUGCAAGUAACUCACUUACGUUUUGUUAUUGAAUAGGAUGAUAUUCAGAGUGUGACGUACUGGGCACUGCGCAAUAUGGAUAAAUAUCCGUAUCGUACAGGUCACAGAUCUUCAUCAAACUUAGACUGGUUUAUUUAUUUUUGUUGUAAUCAUGGUGAGUUUUCUAAAUGGUGGAGCCGUCAAGCGAACUUAACACAGCAGAAAUCGGCCUGACGUGAAGGGAGAAAUGGAGGACCAGAAAUCGGCCUGACGUGAAGGGAGAAAUUGAGGAUCAGAAAUCGGCCUGACGUGAAGGGAGAAAUGGAGGAUCAGAAAUCGGCCUGACGUGAAGGGAGGAAUGGAGGAUCAGAAAUCGGCCUGACGUGAAGGGAGAAAUGGAGGAUGAGAAAUCGUCCUGACAUGAACGGAGAAAUGGAGAGUUCUUCCAUCUGAGUGCGCGCUGACAGAACAAUUCCACUUUACUGCUUAGGAUCGAAGUUAAAACAUUCGUCAUGGACUUAGCUUCAAAUUUCAAAGGAUUGAACCGUGAAUGAUGAACCCGAAUGAUCUUCGCUCUGAUUUCAGACUACCCUUUCGACCGAAAUGCAUCAUGGUCUUCUAAUAAAAGUCUUACUUUCACAUAUCCCAUGUUACAGAAAAUCGGCAAUUUCACUUUCUUAAUGGCAUAAACCAGUACUGCAGUAAUGUCAGGAAUGGUGACAACAUUCAGCAUGUGCCUCUUAAACAAAGUGAUUACUUUCUCAUGACAGACACCACGUGGCAACAGUGUAAAAGCUACACAGUCAAUCAGAGCUUUUCCUGACUGUAGCAGUGGGCUUUAAACUCACGUGUACUGCAAACAGUUCUACGUACUUUGAAGUUUGUUGCCCAAUAUUGAGGGCCUAAUUGAUCUAACAACGUGUUUUAUACUUGAUCUUAAAGUGAGCAGACUAAACAGUACACUUUCAUGGUGUUCUGUGGUGCGAUGUGUACAUACAGUCGAGAAAAUAAAGAAACUGACAAGACUUGUCAUAUAUUGAUGUUAAAACAAUUGUUGUUAAAUAAAAAUUUGUGUCUCAAGAGAAUGCACAUGGCGUGUAUGAAUCAGUUUUGAGAACGUUGAGAAGAACAGUAAUGAAGGUAAGAUACAUGUAUUUUA